GAACCUGUCGCUUUUUGCUAGGAUCUACCCAAUCCUAGGCUUUUGAAUGCUUGGUUAGGCCGGAGGUGAAGGAGUUGUCCCCGUUUCACAGAGACUAGUCGGAGGCUCGGCGCUGGCGACGCCCGCCGUGGCCCCGCCGUGGGGCUAGACUUGGGACUGCGGUGUUUGAGUUCCCGACCUAGACCCGGGACGCUCCGGGCCUCGCUCCGCCCCCGAGUCUGAUGGCGGCGGCGGCCGCGCCCAGGGUCCCGACGCAGGGCUGUGUGAUCUCUGAGGACGUGUUUGUGUACUUCUCCUGGGAAGAAUGGAUGCUCCUUGAUGAUUCUCAGAGACUUUUAUAUCAGGAUGUGAUGCUGGAGAACUUUGCACUUUUAGCCUCACUGGGAAUUGCAUCCUCACGAUCUCACUUAGUCACUCAACUGAACCCAAGGGAAGAUCCCCAGAUGCCUGAACAGGUGAAUAUGAACCCAGCCACAGAGAGAGAGGCUCAGAAGGGACCUGGACCUGGUUGUCGGUGUGCAGUGGAGGACGAGCAGAGUGUUUCUUUAGAGGGAAUGUCACAGGUCAGGACUCCUGUGGCCAGUCUGAAGACCCACCCAUGUGGCGGAUCUGGCUCCAGACUGAGAGGAAUCUUACACCUGCCUGAACAUGAGGUGGGAGAAGCGGGGCUGAAACCACAGCCAUGUGGGGCAAGUUGGAAACACUUCUGGCUCAGUGCGAAUCUUCAUCAGCGCCACACUGGAGAGAAAUCCUUCAGAGGGGGUGAAGGCAGGGAUUCCAUGAAAAGCCACCAAUUCUGUGUACCAGAGAAGACCUUUGUGUAUGGUGAGGGUAGAGUGGGCUUUCCAGCCACCUCCAGCCUUCCCCUGCACCAAGUUCCCCAUGUGAGCCCUAAGCCCCACAAGAGCACCAGGCUUGGGGGAGCCCUCCACUCUAGACAGCAGCAGCAGCACAGGUGCAUCGAAUGUGGGAAAUUAUUCACCCGCAAGGACACACUUACUCGGCACCAGAGAAUCCACACUGGAGAAAGGCCUUAUGCAUGCAGCAAAUGUGGGAAGUUCUUUAGUCAGAGCUGUGACCUCUUUAAACACAAGACCAUCCACACUGGAGAAAGGCCUUAUGAAUGCAGUGAAUGUGGGAAGUUCUUUCGACAAAUCUCUGGCCUUAUCGAACACAGGCGAGUUCACACUGGAGAAAGACUCUAUCAGUGCAGUAAUUGUGGAAAAUUCUUUAGUAGUAAGUCUAACCUCAUUAGACACCAAGAAGUUCACACAGGAGCAAGGCCUUAUGUAUGUAGCACGUGUGGGAAAGAGUUCAGUCGCAAACAUACACUUGUUCUGCACCAGAGAACUCACACUGGAGAAAGGCCUUAUGAGUGUAGUGAAUGUGGGAAGGCCUUCAGCCAGAGUUCCCACCUCAAUGUACAUUGGAGAAUUCACAGCAGUGAUUAUGAGUGCAGCAGAUGUGGGAAAGCCUUUAGCUGCAUCUCUAAACUUGUUCAGCACCAGAAGGUUCACUCUGGAGAAAACCCUUAUGAGUGCAGCAGAUGUGGGAAAGCCUUUACCCAAAGGCCAAAUCUUAUUCGGCACUGGAAAGUUCAUACUGGUGAACGGCCUUAUGUGUGCAGCAAAUGUGGAAAAGAGUUCAACCGUAAACACACACUUGUUCUCCACCAGAAGAUUCAUACUGGAGAAAAGCCUUAAUACUACAUCAGAUAUGGGAAAUCCUUUAGCCAGUGCCCCCAACUUACUGUUCCCUUGAGAAUUCCUAGCAGUGAUUAUGGGUGCUAAGAACAUAAGACAGCCUUUACCCAAAGACCAGAUGUUAUUCAGCCCUGAAAAGUCCACACUGGAGAAAGGCUGUAGCGGUACAGGGAAGGUGCCAUCUCCUUAUUCAGCCCACUAGCUCUCCCCAGAGUGAAGUUCUGAGAGUAUGCCAUCAUUUAAAAGUAGUACCUCAUAGACACAAACAUCUGUGCUAGGGAGAUUACUUGUGAGUGCCUGCUAUGUCUGGUACUUUCAGGAGCUGUGUUGUACAUUGUAAACUGCUGAGUCCCUUUGCCAGUGGCAAGAGCUGUCCUGCUGUUACCAUCUGGGGGAGUCUCCGAGUGCGUGUCAGUCACUCUGGCAUGCUCAGGCAGGCAGACUUCUUUGCUAUCUCCACAGGCUUUAUAAGGAGUCGUGAUUGGCCUCCGUGUCCCAUGCCCCCUUCUGUCCGAGUUAGGCAUGGAAAGAAUCAGCACACAGGAUGGGUUUUCCAGGUAGCUUGCAAAGGUUGCUUUUCAUGGACUUUUUCAUUUGCCCCCCUCUGUCUGAGUUAGUCAUGGAAAGAAUCAGCACACAAGAUGCGUUUUCCAGGUAGCUUGCAAAGGUUGAUUUUCAUGGACUUUUUCAUCUUGUGUGAGACUUUUGUGGAUGUAUACAGUCUCAUGUCCUCUAGCCUUGGAACCACAUGCCUCACAUCACUCAUGUUUCAACAAUAAUGAAGUACUUAUUCUUUGAGCUAUUUUUAAUCUGGAAGGUCCUGCUCGUUGUGUGUAGUGUUGAGAACACAGUUGUAUUCUAACAACAUGAAAGGAUAAAGUUGUAAGAGUCCUCAGUUUUCCAUGUCUCAAAGAAGAGACUAUGAUGGCAGAAAAAAGCUCUCACUCCAGGUUUGGCCUAAUUUGUGUUGCUACCCAAGGUCUUUUAGGAAAGACUUAGGAGCUUUGUGAGGCCUAUCAUGACAGCCUGAGUGCUAGUUUAAUUUGUGGGUCCAUAAGUAACUAUGUGGAGAUGUGGUUGUGACAAUCUCCAGUGCAUCUGGAAGCAGAAUGAGUUUGGUCCCUUUUCCCCUGGACUGUUCAUAUCACCAAGUACUGUUAAAAGGAGACUGGCCUCUGGUACCUGACAGGGAGCCUGAGUUCAGAAUUCAGUAGACAGAUGUCACUGGUGGGAAAACCUACAGGAGCCAGGUGGGAACUAUAAUGGAUACAGAAACCAAAGUGUGACUAAUAAGGAGUUAGAGACAUUGCAGCACAGUAGAAGGUACUGUGAAAGGUACCUGCUCACAGUAUUCCCAUACUGUGGUGAACAGGAUGAGAAGAGUACAGAAAUUUUCAGGACUUCCAGAGCUAUGUCUCCUGUGGCCAAGAUCACUUGCAGGCAAAUAAUCUAAAUAUUUUGUGGAUUCCCUUCAACUCGAGAUGCCUCAGGUCAGAACUAUUUCUAUGCUAGCAGGAAACUGGGUGACAGAAAGGAGAUCUGGGAUUCUAGGGAUGUAGUUUUUGUGACUUAUUCAAUGUUCUUAGUAACUCAUAUAGAAACCGCUUUCAUUAGUUGCCAAUUUAUGCUGCCACUGAGGCAGGACUACUCCCAAGAUGCUAGGACAGAGAUGAUGGAGUAAACAGGGUUGCCUAUGGGAUUUAAUUUGUCUUUUUCCUAUUUUCCUAAGGAGGACUCUUCUUUAUUUGAGAACUCUCUUCUAACAUAGUCAUUUUGUAAGUUUCCCUGUAAUUCCUAUGUUAGCAGCAUUCCCCACAUUUUGAUAUAUUGUGCCUUUGUUUCUAGAAUUGGUUUAAAAUUGCACUAAAAAGGGCAGCCCUGGUGGCCCAGUGGUUUAGCGCCACCUUCAGCCUGGGAUGUGAUCCUGGAGACCCAGGAUCAAGUCCCACAUCGGAUUCCCUGCGUGGAGCCUGCUUCUCCCUCUGCCUGUGUCUCUGCCUCUUUCUCUCUGUCUGUGUCUGUCAUGAAUAAAUAAAUACAAUCUUAAAAAUAAAAUAAAAUAAAAUUGCACUAAAAAAUUUCUAGCUUUAUUUCUAGUGACUUCUGAGUAUCUGGCUUUGACACUCUGUUAAGAUAAGGCCCGUGGGAUUUAUUAUUUUUUUUAAAGAUUUUUUUAAAUUUAUUUAUUCAGAGAGAGAGAGAGAGAGAGACUGAGAGGCAGAGACACAGGCAGAGGGA